GGUUCUCGCUUCCUUCCUCUCUCUCCUCGGGUUCGCGCGACUCGAUUUCGUCUCGAGACGACCUCAGGAAUCCGACCAGACGCGCGCGCGGCAUGGCGUGGGCGGACGGCUGGCUGACGAAGCACGGGUUCCCGCGGGGCUACCGCUUCGUGCCCGAGAUCCUGGAGCUCUUCGCCAUCCUCUCCGACAGGAUCGGCGGCCGGCCCCUCCCCCCGAAGGUCGCCGGCGUCUUCAACGACAUCCGCAUCCUCGACCACCACCCUCGGGAGCUUUACGAGGCGUACAAGGAGUACGAGGAGAAAGGGAACAUCUACUUCUUCAGCCUGAGGGAGUUCCCGCCCGGUCGCGCGGGCGGCGGCGACAAUGGCAAGGAGCGGCGGCCGGUCCGCACGGCCACGGGCGGCGCGUGGAAGUCCUCGGGCGGCAGCAAGCAGCUGUCGUGGCCGCCGAAGAAGGGCAGCGGCGUCGCCGGGAGGAUGGUCACCAUGGUGUUCUACGAGCGGCAGGACAACGAGCUCGCCAAGACCGACUGGGGCAUGCACGAGUUCACCGUCCCCAUAGGGCCUAAUUUGCAGUUCUCGGACCUGGCCGUGUACCGCCUCUACGAGUUGAAAAACGGCGGGAAGGAAAGCAAGACAGCAGCCCGGAGCAGGAACGAGCAGGCGAACAGCUCUGACCACGGCGUGGCCACCGUCUCCGUCGAGCACAGGCCCUCCACGUUGACGGUGGUGGUGCCGCGGCCAGGUCAGUCAAGAGGGACGUUCACGACGACGAACCAAGCACUCGCCGCCGCCUCGACCUCGCAGACGUGGCAGCAACCCGGCAUUGAGCAUGCCCAGCUCUACCAUCAUCCGUACUCGUUCGGUGCCGCCGCAACGUCGGGGCCAUGUAACUGGGCGCCGCUGGCCGCCGCGAACCCACAGGCGCAGAAGGCUCGUGCGAUGUCGGUGCACGGCGCCGGGUCGCCAGGUUACUUCCAGUUCGCGGGCCCGCCGGCGCCAGUGCCCGUUUCGCCAGCCGCCGAGAACCCAGCAGCACAGCAGGAUCCCGCGGCGGCGACGCACGGCGUUGGGCAAGCCGGCCACUUUGGGGCCACGCGCUCUCCGCCUGCCACUCCAGCGGCCGCGAGCCCCCCGGCGGAACAGCACGCCGCCGCCACGGCGUCGCCACUACACGUCCAGGUUGCAGGCUGUGACGUUGACGAGUCGAUGGAGGCGUCGGUCCCUUCCACGCUGGAGGUCGUGCCUCCCCUGCCGGAGCUGGCGCCAGCCGCCGAAGAUGACUGCAUGGACGACGCGUGGAACAGCUGUUGCCGCGAGACGCCGAGUUUGUCCAUUGAUACCGACCUCGGCUCUCUCGACGACUUCUUCCUGUUCGACAACUCGUACGACAGCUCGUACGACAUCUCGUUCACGAUGGAGGAGCUCACCGGCCAAACGUUGAUGCCGACGCCGAUGGAGGCAGCUAACCCUUCCGGCGGAGAUGAGAACAGUCAGGCAGAUGGCAAGCAGCAGCAACCUCCAUCGUGA